GCUCAGUGCUAGGAGAAAUGCUAUUCAUACCGCCCUGAAUGUCUCACCUGGGUUUCCGUACUGCACUCAGGAAGUAAAAUUAUACAAGGGCAUGUAAGAUGGCCCCCAAAACAUUAGCACCGUUAGCAAAGAGACUGUUCAAAGGAGUAGUACUACUUGAAGUGGCAGGUGUGCUAGGUGCUUAUGGUCUUUUUUACAAGAUGAACACAAGUCAAGAUUUCAGGAACAGUAUGAACAACAUGCUUCCCUCUGUCCUGGAAGUUUAUUACAAGUCCAACGAAUAUGCUGGGGUUUAUGGGAUUCGAGAGAAAGACCUUGAAGAUUGGUCCAAGAAGGCAUAGAGGGUCUUGACGUCUCUGCCUCGGACCCAGUGGUCUCUCUGGGCUUCCCACUUGAGCUGCCUGACACCUGGAGGAAAAGAAGACAUAAGUGCAAUGAGCAAAAACCAGACUGCAUCCUCUACUAAAGUUAGGUCAUCAUCUGUAUUCAACAACCUGUUCCAUAUGAAAUGUGCCCGGUGGUUUUUGUCUUAGGGUUACCUUCAGAUCAGUGGUUCUCCAUCCUGGUCCUAGGCACCAAAAGGGGUGCACAUUUGCUUUAGCACUACACACCGGAAUCAAAGCCUGAUGAGUUUACAAUUUGAAUCAGGUGUGUAGCGCUAAGGCAAAAACUAAAAUGUGCACCCCUUUGGGUUCCUAGGACCAGGAUGGAGAACCACUGCUUUAGAGCCAUCAUGAUUGAGAGAAUAGUCUAUUCUGUACAACUUUAAAAGGACUACUAGAGUAUGACUGGGUGUGCUAUAGGGGGUUGAGGUUAAUCGGUUAGCCACUGAAAAUACAUAUGACCGGUCAUGUUCAUCAAUCUAUAGGUUAACCUGCAUUAUUUGGUGGAAUUAAAUUGGCACGUGUGUAUUUUCAUUAGUCGUCAUGCAUCUUAUUUAUCACGCGCACACCCCCUAGUUUGAGGAGUGGAAUGGCCUAUCACCUGUCAGACAUCACCCAGUCAUUGUGCAACGAAUAAUUCUAAAUGCAAUUGUGUGUUAAUGGUUUUGAUAGCCACGAUUAAAAAUACCUUAUUUCUUAUUAAAGCG